AUGUGCAGCUACGACAAACGGACACAAAAGACCGUCGCCAUCAAGAUCAUUGAUUUAGAAAGUGCAGAGGAUGAGAUAGAGGAUAUCCAACAGGAAAUCCAGAUCCUGUCGCAGCUCGACUCCCCACACGUUACCAAAUAUCAUGGUUCGUUUCUCAAAGGAUCUAAUUUAUGGAUCGUCAUGGAGUAUUGUUCCGGAGGCUCGUGCUCGGAUCUGAUGAAACCUGGUGUGUUCAGAGAGGAGUAUAUCGCUAUUAUUGUCCGCGAAUUGCUGAGGGGGCUCGAGUAUCUGCAUUCCGAGGGAAAGCUUCAUCGGGAUAUAAAAGCGGCAAACAUCCUUCUUUCGGCCGGCGGGGAGGUCAAACUUGCAGACUUCGGUGUCUCAGGCCAGCUUUCUGGCACAUUGUCCGCCAAGAAGAAUACUUUCGUUGGUACACCGUACUGGAUGUCGCCUGAGGUGAUAAAACAAAGUGGGUACGACCACAAGGCAGAUAUCUGGAGCUUGGGCAUCACUGCUAUUGAGCUAGCGAAAGGCGAGCCGCCGUACGCAGAGCUACAUCCGAUGAAGGUUCUCUUCUUGAUUCCAAAAAACCCGCCUCCCACAUUGGAAGGCAAUUUCACGAAGUCGUUCCGCGAAUUCGUUUCCUACUGCCUCCAACGGGAUCCUAAAGAUCGUCCGUCUGCACGUGAAUUGUUGAAGCACAAAUUUGUUAGAAUGGCGAAGAAGACAAGCUAUCUCACCGAGCUCAUUGAACGGCAUGAGCGAUGGCGAGCGGAAGGCGGGGAACGAUUAGAAGAUGAAGAGAGAGACAACGUUUCCGAUCUUCCUGAAUCUGGCGACCCAGAAGAUCUAUGGGACUUCGGUACCGUACGACAUGUGAGCCGACCUGGUACGAUCGGUCGAAAUAAUAUACAGGUCUCGGGACCGCCGCUCACCUGGGAGAACAACGGGACGCCGCGCACUGGGUCUGAUGGUUCGGACAGUUCUAGCCUGACUCAACGGCCUGGUUCUUCUUCGAGCACCAGAUAUUCCUCACUUGCCACCAAGGGUGAUUUGCCACCGCUACCACCACCCGCAUCGCCGACGAAGAAAAAGGUCGACAACCAAGCUACCGUCCGCAACGGGCCGCCUUCCGCUUCUACGACUCUGGUUAAUAAUACUCGCGCUCCCCAAAGGCAGCCAUCAGAUGAGUAUGAUGACUACGAGGACCAGUACGCCGAAACCUACCCCGACCAUGCAAAUGUGGUUCAGCAGAAGAUGGCGGCCUUGCUAUUGGAAGAGGAUGACGAUCUGCCAGAUACAACCAUGUUGGACUCCGUUGUUCUUCCAGCGAUUGCUUCCUUAUUCCCUCGCGUUACUUCUCAAGAAGCCAGGGUAGCUCUCAGUGCUCUCCAACGCGCGUUUACAGAAGCCGAGCGCAUCAUCCCUGGCGUUACUCUUGAGCUCGUCAACGAAAUCGUUGAUUCCGUCGAACAUGUCGAAGAGCCAUAG